CUCAUCGCAAAUGGAGUCGUCGGAGGAGUAGCGCAGAAGGAGCUAGAUCCAGGAACCCUGAGCCCUCGUCCUUCCCCUCUUGCGUCCGCCACCCUGGGCGCGAGGUUGAAAGCAGCCGGUCCAGCUGAGCUCUGAGCCCGGGAAAACCCAUCCAGCGACCAAGGCCUUGGGGCAAGGGCCCCGGGGCGGCCCGAACGGGGCGGGGCUGGAUGGGGCGGGGUCGCGGCUCCUCCCCCGUCCCCGGCCCGGGCGGCGGGGCGGACCGGCCGGCUGGAGGGGCUGUGCGCCAAGGCGGGUGCUACAAGCCUGGAGCGCCCGGCGGCGGAGGCGGCGGGAACCCCGGACCCCUCCCCAGGCCGAGCCUUGCAGCCUUGCAACUGGACCCAGAAAACUCCUACCCCAAGGGGCUCCGGGGAAGACCAUCUCAGCAGCCCUUUAGAACACAGAGAAGAGGUGCAAGGCAGCUGGCUCACCGCUCAUUCCCCCCUUCUUCUGGAAGGAAGAAAGGAGUGACGUCUCCCCACAUCACCAAGGAUGACACUAAACACACAGCAGGAAGCCAAGACCCCCCUGCGCCGGCGAGCCAGCACCCCACUGCCCCUGUCCUCCAGGGGCCCCCAGCCUGGCCGCCUGUGCCCACCACCAGCCACUCAACCCCAGCACCCACGGCUGGGCCUGUCGGCCUCCCUCAACCCUCCCACCCGGGUGCCUUCCCCUGCCCCCGACAGCUGGUCCUCAGAAUCCAGCGACUCUGAAGGCCCCUGGGAGGCCCUGUACCGCGUGGUGCUGCUCGGCGAUCCCGGCGUGGGCAAGACCAGCCUGGCCAACCUCUUUGCAGGAAAGCAAGAGCGGGACCUCCAUGAGCAGUUGGGAGAGGGUGUGUAUGAGAGGACGCUCACAGUGGACGGAGAGGACACUACCCUGCUGGUCAUGGACACGUGGGAAGCCGAGAGAUUGGAGGAAAGCUGGAAGCAGGAGCAGGGCCUGCAGGUGGGCAGUGCCUACGUCAUCGUCUACUCCAUCGCAGACCGGCGCAGCUUUGAGAGCGCCUCUGAGCUCCGCAUUCAGCUAAGGCGCGCACACCAGGCAGACCACGUGCCCAUCAUCCUGGUGGGCAACAAAGCCGACCUGGCCCGCUGCCGGGAAGUCUCCGUGGAAGAGGGCCGCGCCUGUGCUGUGGUGUUCGACUGCAAGUUCAUCGAGACGUCAGCAGCUUUGCAGCACAACGUGGCCGAGCUCUUCGAAGGCGUGGUACGCCAACUGCGCCUGCGCCGCCACGACAGCACUGCCCAGGAGCCACCUGCGCCCCGCCGCCAGGCCAGCCUCGGACAGCGCGCUCGUCGCUUCCUGGCACGCCUGACGGCCCGCAGUGCCCGCCGCCGGGCGCUCAAGGCCCAGUCCAAGUCCUGCCACAACCUGGCGGUGCUGUGAGGCCUCCUUCCCUGCUGAGGUGGCCGGACACUGAGGUGCCAUCUGGCCUCCACCAAUGCCACCAAAGAGGAAAGAGUCGUCCCUCCUGGAGCCUGUGUCAUGACCACACAGAAGGCCUGUGCAGCUCCCAGAGCCAGAACCUUGGCGACUGUUCUGCCCUCCAGAAGCCAUGGACAGACUAGAAGAACUAAGCUUCAAAUGGGCAUGAAGUGGGGUUCUGUACACAGUGAGGGUAUUUCUGUAAGUCUUCUCUGUCGCUGGGCCCUGGCCAAACCUGGGGAACCCUCACAAUAAACCAGUCUGGCCGAAUGCCCUGUCUGAACAAGCUGACCUCUCCUUACUGUGACUGUGCUUCCUACCCCAUCUUCAACUCUGGCUGCAAACCUAUUUAGCCUAUAGCCUGGGUGUCAGGGCCCAUCCUUAGCUGGUUGGACCAGCUGCGUGCUCGGACACUUCUCCCAACCUGGGUGCAGUGCCUGUCUGGGUCUUUGAGAGGUUAACUGGGUAUGAUGAGCUGUUGUUUUCUUA